AUGUCCCACCAAGACCAAUCGGCUCCCGCGGGGAGCCUCGCCGCCCAAGGCCCCUCUAACCCCGGUUACAACACCACUCCUGCACCUGUCGUCACUCAGACGGAAUCCAGAGACAAAUGGAGCAAAAAGAUAGAUUUUCUCUUAUCUGUCAUUGGCUUUGCAGUGGACCUUGGAAAUGUCUGGAGAUUCCCAUAUAUUUGCUACCAAAACGGAGGCGGGGCGUUUCUCAUCCCGUACAUUUUGAUGGCCAUCUUCGGCGGCGUGCCACUCUUCUACAUGGAGCUGGCGCUGGGGCAGUUCCACAGGACUGGGGCCAUCUCCAUCUGGAAGCACAUCUGCCCCAUCUUCAAAGGGAUAGGGUUCGCCAUCUGCAUCACGGCCCUGUACGUGUCCUUCUACUACAACACCAUCAUCGCCUGGGCCCUGUACUACUUCUACUCCUCGUUCACCACGACGCUGCCCUGGACCAACUGCGACAACCCGUGGAACACGCUCAACUGCACCAACUACUUCGGCAAGAACAACGUCACCUGGACCAACUACUCCAGGUCCCCGGCCGAAGAGUUUUACACGAGGAAUGUCCUGGAGAUUCACAAGUCCUCCGGGCUCGGUAAUGUCGGAGGCGUUCGAUGGCAGCUGAUGCUUUGCCUCUUCCUCAUCUUCACCGUCGUGUACUUUAGCCUCUGGAAGGGAGUGAAGACAUCUGGGAAGGUGGUGUGGGUUACCGCCACGCUUCCGUACGUGGUCCUCUUCAUCCUGCUGAUCCGCGGGGCCACCCUCCCGGGGGCGUGGCGGGGCGUGGCCUUCUACCUGAAGCCAAAAUGGGAGAAGCUCCUGGAGACCAGUGUGUGGGUGGACGCUGCCGCUCAGAUCUUCUUCUCGCUGGGCCCCGGGUUCGGCGUGCUCCUCGCCCUCGCCAGCUACAACCCCUUCACCAACAACUGCUACCGCGAUGCCAUCGUGACCAGUCUGGUGAACUGCCUGACCAGCUUUGUGUCCGGAUUCGUCAUCUUCACCGUGCUGGGAUACAUGGCUGAGAAGAGGAACGUGGACGUAGAGGAUGUGGCCAGGGACAAAGGACCCAGUCUGCUUUUCAUCACCUACCCAGAAGCCAUUGCAAACAUGGUGGGCUCCACCUUUUUCGCCAUCAUCUUCUUCGUGAUGAUGAUCACACUCGGCCUGGACAGCACGUUCGGAGGUCUGGAGGCCAUCAUCACUGCUGUGAUGGAUGAGUACCCGGAUUACCUGUCCCAGCGCAGGGAGCUCUUCGUUCUGGGCCUGGUCUCCGUCUGCUUCCUGGGUUCCCUCAGCACCCUCACAAACGGAGGAGCCUAUGUGGUCAAACUCUUGGAAGAAUUUGGCGUGAGCUGUUCCAUCAUUGCGGUUGGCUUGCUGGAGGCCAUUGCCGUUUCCUGGUUCUACGGCAUCAACAGAUUCUCCAAUGAUAUCAAAUCCAUGCUGGGCUACACUCCUGGAAUCUUCUGGAAAGUGUGCUGGGUGGCCAUCAGCCCUGCAUUUCUAGCUUACAUCAUAGCGAGCUCUCUGCUGAACCAGGCUCCCCUCACGCUGUUUGACUACAAGUACCCAGACUGGACCAUCAUUGUGGGAUACUUCAUUGGUGCCUCUUCCUUCAUGUGGAUUCCCAUAUAUAUGGUGUACAAGCUGGUCUGGACCCCUGGAUCCCUCAAGCAGCGUCUGGCCGUGUCUCUGCGGCCUGAGAGGACCAUGCCGGACCACCAGACGGACUCCCUCAGCAUGACCCCCGUGCCCUAGAGAGGCCAGGGAAGCGGGACCGAAACAGGGCCACGCACGCGUGCUCGCCCACGGGGAAACCCCUCGACCGACGAUCGAAC